UUCACCAAUAGCACUACCAGAUAUCUUAAGAAAUAUUGGUACAGCUUUAGAUCAAGUUGAAAGAUAUAUUGAUGGGAAUACAUCAUUUAAUCUGAAAAAUACUCUGUAUGGAAUACGGAUCUCAGUGACAACGAUCCGAGAGCAUAUGGAAAGGCAU